AUGACUACUUCCCUUCGUCGCGGUGUUCUCCCUGGUGUACUACUCGGUGUGCUGCUGAGCCGAUUCGGGACUUUGGACAAACUGGGAUCACGCGUCAUUACCGCAUGCAUCAAGUUGAUCGUGUUCCGUCUUGAUGAUUCGCGCCAGUUCUUCGGGUCCGCAGUACUUCAUCCGGCAUCUCACCUGGGCUGUCGUGGAUCAUCGCCGGCCGGCACUCGCCAUCUACCUCCGGUCGUAGAUACGGCGCCCCCGGCGAUCGCAGGUCUACUGAUUCUCACCAUCGCUCCGGUGACUCUGUAUCAAGUGAUCGCGUAUCCCCAGGCGCUGAACAAGUGGUACCUGCCGACCAGCCAAUCCGGCCAAGGCGAACUUUCCGGAUUUCCCGGCACGACCCUUCAGCUCGGCAAUCGCGCGCUGAUCCGAAUCGACGCCGAAACAACAGAACUCCCGUGGACUUCGCAGGUAACCGAAACUACGCCAAGGCCGGAUGAAUACACCGGUCGAACCAGCGCAGACCUGAUGCUGCUCGACCGCGUCGUCCUUCAACGGAAGCAGUACCCGGGCGCUGACAACGAACCUGCCCCACUCCGGGUGGCACUGGGCGAAGUGCCCGAGGUCGCCCAGGACCAGAUCUACGUCCUC